AGGCAAAAUUGUAGGUGGCUACUUGUUUCAGUGUUGACUGUUGUUGUGUUAAGUGUUAACAUUCGCGAAAAGAAAACCUCAUUUUUCUCUCAAAUUCUCGACUCUUUCACAACCUCACGCUUCAUAUACUUUCUCUCUCUCUCCUCAUCGCCAACCCCGUCUUUCUUCCUUCCUUCCUCCACUCACUAUCUUUAUCUCUCCUCCGGCGCCCGCCAUACGACGUUGUCGGCCGGCGUGGUUCUGCCAUCGGAGUUCGGUGUUCGUAGUUAAGGGUCCUUGAGCAGUAUUUUUUGUCAGCUUUGGCAAAUUAAAUGGCGAUUUCACCUUGUGGAACCACAUGGGCAUCUCAAUGGGGCGUCCGCCCCCUACUUAUGUCAAGACAUUCUUUGGAGAGUAAAUUUGCAACAUCUCCAAGUUGUGGACCAAGCAAGAUAAGAGCAAUUCAAUCCCUGAGCUCGAGCAUUUUUUCCCCUGAACCUGUGCAUUUGUUAUUUAAUGUGAGUUCAGCUCGAAGUCCAUGCUAUAAAAGGGGUUGCCGUUUCAUUGUUAGGGCUGAGUCUGACUUCUACUCGGUCCUAGGAGUAUCACGAAAUGCCAGCAAAGCAGAAAUAAAAAGCGCUUAUCGGAAGCUUGCAAGGACUAACCAUCCUGAUGUUAACAAAGAACCUGGAGCAGAGCAGAAAUUCAAAGAUAUUAGCAAUGCUUAUGAGGUCUUGUCAGAUGAUGAGAAACGGUCUAUAUAUGACAGAUAUGGGGAGGCUGGACUUAAAGGAGCUGCAAGUGGUGGCCCUGGGGAUUUCACCAACCCCUUUGAUCUAUUCGAGUCUAUAUUUGACCUGGGUGGAAUGGGAGGAAUGGGGGGAAUGGGAGGAAGAGGCGCUAGAAACAGGGCCACAGAAGGGGAAGACCAGGUUUACAAUCUGGUGCUGAACUUUAAAGAAGCCAUUUUCGGCAUUGAGAAGGAUAUUGAUAUUAAUCGUCUAGAAACUUGUGGUACCUGCAAUGGAUCAGGUGCCAAACCUGGUACACAGCCAACUAAAUGCAGCACUUGUGGCGGCCAAGGACAGGUUAUCUCUGCAGCACGUACUCCUCUCGGUGUGUUCCAACAAGUCUCCACUUGCUCUUCCUGUGGUGGGACCGGGGAAAAUUCGACUCCUUGUAAUACCUGUAGUGGUGACGGACGGAUGAGAAAAUCAAAGCGUAUUAGCUUGAAGGUUCCUGCUGGUGUUGAUGCCGGUAGCCGGCUUAGAGUUCGAGGAGAAGGUAACGCUGGAAGGAGAGGUGGGCCCCCUGGAGACCUCUUUGUGGUCAUUGAUGUCAUCCCUGAUCCAGUGUUGAAACGGGACGAUACAAAUAUUCUCUUCUCCUGCAAGAUUUCUUACAUUGAUGCCAUCCUCGGAACAACAACGAAGGUCCCAACUGUGGACGGGACUGUAGAUCUGAAAAUACCGUCUGGCACACAACCUGGGACGACUUUGGUGAUGGCUAAGAAAGGUGUGCCAUUGUUGAACAAGCCCAACAUUAGAGGAGAUCAGUUGGUGAGAGUGCAAGUUGAAAUUCCAAAACGGCUAAGUGAUGACGAAAAGAAGCUUGUUGAGGAACUUGCUAAUCUAAAUAAAACCAAGGCCACCGCCAACAGUAGAAGAUAGCCCAACAGAUAAUUUAGGAAAGGUAUUAUCCUGUGUUGAUGGUGUUUUUGCUUGGUCUAUCUCUUGAAACCCAUAAAUUUCUCCCCUUGCCCCAGUUCUUAUUAGGAAUAGGGUUAUUUCCUGAAGCAGACUUUGUUGUAUGUAUUACACAACUUUUGAAGAAGGGAAACGACUUAGGUAUUAUUUUUCUCAUCUUCGUUAUCGUAUUUGUCACAGCUUGUUGUUUCCAAUUUUUUGAGUUUGCUGGGAAAAUUUGUAAAUCAUUGGUGCAAUUAGCAAUUUAGACACUGGUGUAAGGUUAUUUUUGAGCAAAUAACAGUAGUGAAUGUUUACGAUUUAUACUUGAUUUUGGAAGCGAUUAACAUGUUUUCAUCCA